AUGGGGCAGACCCUGCCGAAAUAUUCCCAGCUCGAGGGGGACGAGUACGAAGACCUGGCCGCAGAGGAGCAAUGUUCGGUGCAAUUCAGGGCCAACAUUAAAGAGAGCUUCCUGUCUUUGCUGUGCCUGGCCGACUUCGUCACGGACAUUGUCGCAGCGCAGUCGCUGGCACACCGGAGCGACCCGGUGCUGGUGCACUUUGGCUACGCCGCCCCAGCUCUGCUUGGGCUGACAGUGGUGAACUCCUGCAUGAUCCUUGCCCUUCGGUGCUGCUACCGCGAGUUUUUCGAGGGUGUUGUGCGGAAAGACCGCCUGCGAUGGCACGUCUGGAGCCUGCUAGCCCUCACAAACCCAGAGAUCCUCAACUCCUUCCUGGCAUACUUGCACUCCAACAUGAGCAUUGAGGAGAAACACGAAGCCACCCUUGUACGGCUGUCCAUCAAGAAGUUGGGGGUAGUUUCUCAGCUGGUGGAGGACAUCCCGCAGACUGCCAUCCAGGUGAGUGCCAUUUGCUUCGCCCUGAAGGCAGGCGAGCCAGUCCCCCUGCAGCAGAGCUGCGCGCUGGUACUGACUGUGUCAAUGCUCCUCUUCAAGGUGGUGAUGAACUGGGUGGUGCUGGCCAUAGGGGUCACCGUAAGCAGCUUCACUCUGCAGAAAGCUGCUGAUCAAGAGGCACUGAGGGGCUCACGGGAGCUCUCGCGCAGCCCCGAUGGUGAAUGCUUAGAAGCGGGGCCCGACGAAUCGCAAACUGUCCUGAACCCGAGCAUGCCCUGA